AUGCUCAUCUAUUCAAUCGCAUUGUCCCGCGAGGCCACCGUCGAUACUGCCGGCGAGGUUAGAUCUUGGGUGUCGCCAUCGUCGAUGUGGAGGAUGCACCGGAGACGGAACGAGAUGAGGCUGAAGAUGGAGAAGAAGAUGAUGUUACUGGUGGAGUUUGAAGAGUGGGAGAAUCCUGGUGGAGCAGAAACCCCGAAAAACUCCGUUAAUGUUAUUGGUAGAAGAGCUUUUGGCGAAACUGCUAUAAAGAUAAUGAUGAAGUGGCUUGUAGGAGAUAAUACUUCACCUGCUAGAAACACUGGAACCAUUACAGAAACUGAGAUUGAUGAUGUUGCUGGAAAUCCAGCACCUAAGACAACAUUUGAUGUUGCCUUAUUUGCAUCAGGCUCCUGGAAAAAGGUUUGCUUUGAAUAUUUUGAAUCAGACCUG